CUCCGCCCAGGCAGCUUUUGAAAAUAGUUACAAGUCAAGGGAGGAGACCGACAGUUAGUUGAUAACUUAGUUAAAUAAACCCUUUUAUUGCUAUCUAUCCCUCGUUUACUUUAGCUAGAUUGACGGUUUAAGCUUCAGUGAUGUCUGAGGAGCUUGUGUGUUCAAAGCCGGAGGAGGUGAGAAACGCCGAGACAGAAAACAGCGUAGAAAUCGUUAUCACACUGACCAGUGAAGAUCCACCAAAUAAUCAAGAUCAUAACGUCAACCAACUGACAGAAAGAGAGGCAGAGACGGUCUGUAAUGAGAUCAGACCAAACCACAGUCUGGUUUCAAUAGAGUUAUUUCAGACAGAAGAAGAUGAUGAUGAUGACAGCGGCACCCAUUAUCUGAAUAGUGAUGAGAGACCAUGUACUCAUCUACAGCGAGCAGAGAGGCCAGGAAAUGGAAAACUGCCGGACACCUUCCAGACAGACCAUCUUCUGUACUAUGAGAGAUUCAAAGCAUAUCAAGAUUACAUGCUUGGUGACUGUAAAACAUCUGAAGUAGAAGCCUUCACGGCUGAGUACCUGGAGAAGAUAGCGGAGCCAUGUGAUUGGCAAGCCAUAUGGCACACUGAUGUGUUUGAUGUGCUGGUUGAAGUUGUUGAUGUCGAUUGUAAAGAGCUUAAGGCAAAGGUGGAGAUGGUGCUGCCGAUGGAAUGUGAGACCAGAGGCUGUGAUCUUACUGAAGAGUCCAUGAAGGCCCUGCUGGAGGCUACACUUCAUAAAGUGCCUAUUCUUGAGCUCUCGGUUGUCUAUGAUGAAUCUGGGGACUUUGAUCAGACUGCUUUGGCCCUAGAACACCUCAGGUUUUUCUAUAAGCAUAUCUGGAGGAAGUGGGAUGAGGAAGAUGAGGACGAUGACUUUGAUUACUUUGUUCGGUGUGUGGAGCCUCGUCUUAGGCUGUACUAUGAUAUCUUGGAGGAUCGUGUUCCAGCUGGUCUUGUAGCCGAGUAUCACUCGACACUGGCACUCUGCUUUGAGAAGUUUCAGGAGUUUUCCAGCCUGAGAAGUGGCCUGGACAGCGACUCUGAGUCUGAGCAAGACAACAUAUCCAUGGUGGAAGGACUGCGUCUGUAUGAGCAGCUGGAAGCACUUAAACGCAAGCUGCGUAUUAUUGAAAACCCGCUGCUCAGGUAUGUUCUGGGCUACAAGGUGAACUCCGGUCAGCAGUCAUGCAGGGCAAAGGGGCCACGUCCCGCUGGCGACCGAGUGGUUCACUUGGUAUCUGCCUCGGCCACAGUUCACCAGCUUCAAAGCUUGAUAGCUGACAAACUGAUGCCCCACUAUUCAGGUGAAGAGUUUGAAGUGCAG